UAUACCGGAAACGACCAAGUAACCGGAAAAGAGAGGACAGAGGGCGGGACAUUUUAAAAAUCUAACGAUUCAUCAAUCUACUUUCCGCAUAUCUUAACAGAAUACCUUAUAUGGUGGUGACAUUAAAACAUGUCAUCAAAAAUUCCAAGAGGUGUUCAUGUUCCAGGAGAAGGAAAGAAAACUGCCCAAAAACCUGAAUCCAAAGACUCGGCUAUACUUUCCACAGCAGCCAACAAUGUCCUGAAACCAGACUUUAAAGCCCAAAAAGAAAACAUGCCAAGCAGAAAAGGUGCUGCUCCUAAAGUUCACAAAGGAAUUUCAACUAGGCAUGGGCAGCAGGUCGAGCUCAAGGAGCAAUAUCAUCACUUGACCGCCAUCAACGAGGAGCUGCAGAAACAACUUUCAGAGUCGCGGCAACAAGUUGCUGAGCUGGAGCUGCAGUUCAGUGAGCUUCUCAGCGAGAAUGCAGCGAUAAAGAAAAGCCUCCACGACUGUCGUGUUCUUCUGGUUUCUGCCAAGAUUGACCCAGUUUUAGGAGAAAAAGUUGGAGAUGCAGCCCAACAUAAUGAAGACAAAAGGAAAGAAGCCAUGAGCGUUUCCACUGACCUGCUGCAGGAGUUAAAAGCAUUUAGUGAUACUGCAUCCCAACAGCAAACCCAGCUAAAGGAGCUCUGGACAACAAUGGAGGACAUCACAAAAGCACGAGAGCUGAUGAGGCAGGAGAGGGAGAACUUUUCCCAGCAGGCCACUGAAAUGGAGAACGCUCUAAAAGAAGCAGAAGCACUGUUACUGUAAAAGUGUCACAAACCCUUAAUAAUCAGUUCUAUAUAUUGUUGUUUAAACUAAAUAAAGAUUUCAUGUAAAUAUCUUUUUGUUAUUUCAAACACUAAAACACGUGUACACAGCAGGGCGUUCAUUUAUUCCUUACUUAAUGGCUUGUGUAAAAGUUGUUAAAACGUAUGUUUCUUAUAAUUAAUUUAUAUUCUUUUCAGAUAAAAAUGAGUUAGAAAUGUCCCAUAAGGUGUUUAAAUUGUGCAAAAAUGUUGUUUCUGAACUUUUCCAUUAAAAAUAUAACAAAACAUA